UCACCGCCAGCACAUAUCACAAGUAGUAGAGGAUGAUAUGUGGAAUUCAAAAGAUGAUUUAAGACAAGCGGUUCACCAGGCAGUUACAGAGCUAAAAGGCGGUUAUGAUAAGAACUCAGAAAAGUAUCAAAAACUUGAUGAAGUCUCUUUGAAGUUCGAUGAUGCAUAUGAAGGUGUAUGCAGUCUUAGGAAUAUCAGAAAAUCAAACCAAGAAGACGAACUCACUCCGAAUGAAAUCGAGACGAACUUGCGAUCAUUAAAAACUAAUCUUGCAAAUAGCGAAGCUCCAUAUGCACAACAUUUUCGGAAGUAUUUAAAGAAAAAGAAGAAUACCUCAAAACUAUCAUGGGAAGUCCCACUUGCAAGUCAAGUAAUUUGUGCAGAUUCAGAAAUGGUGAAAUUAUUAGAAGAAGAAGACGUAGAAGCAUACAACUUUUUUAUGGACCCUGCGGAACUUAGUUCAAGUAGUAAUACAGAAAAUAGUUCUACGGUAUCUUCUCCACGUAGAGAAGAAGAAAAAAUAAGAACAAGAAAG